UUCCGGAGCUGCCAUGAUUGAAGUGGUAGCAGAGCUGAGCCGAGGUCCUGUGUUUCUGGCGGGGGAGGCGCUGGAGUGUGUGGUGACAGUCACCAACCCCCUGCCCCCCACAGCCACUUCUGCAUCCAGUGAGGCUUUGGCCUGGGCCAGUGCCCAAAUCCACUGCCAGUUCCAUGCCAGUGAGAGUCGAGUAGCACUCCCUCCCCCUGACUCCAGUCAGCCAGACGUCCAGCCUGAGAGCCAGACUGUCUUUCUACCACACCGAGGUGAGAGGGGUCAGUGUAUCCUUUCCACUCCACCAAAAAUCCUUUUCUGUGAUCUGAGGCUAGAUCCUGGAGAGUCCAAAUCAUACUCCUACAGUGAAGUGCUGCCCAUAGAGGGACCACCCUCCUUUCGGGGUCAGUCAGUCAAGUAUGUCUACAAACUGACCAUUGGCUGCCAGCGUGUCAACUCACCCAUCACUUUACUCAGGGUCCCUCUGAGGGUUCUUGUGCUGACAGGCCUUCAAGAUAUCCGGUUUCCCCAGGAUGAGGCUGUAGCCCCAUCUAGUCCAUUCUUGGAGGAGGAUGAAGGUGGGAAGAAGGAUUCAUGGCUAGCAGAGCUGGCUGGGGAGCGUCUCAUGGCUGCCACAUCCUGCCGCAGCCUCCAUCUAUACAAUAUCAGUGAUGGCCGAGGAAAAGUUGGGACAUUUGGCAUCUUCAAAUCUGUAUACAGACUCGGCGAGGAUGUGGUGGGGACCUUAAACUUAGGGGAAGGAACUGUAGCUUGUUUGCAGUUUUCAGUAAGUUUACAGACUGAGGAACGUGUACAGCCUGAAUACCAGAGGCGCCGCAGGACAGGGGGUAUCCCCUCUGUCUCUCAUGUGACUCAUGCCCGGCACCAGGAGUCCUGCCUACAUACAACCAGAACCAGCUUCUCCCUCCCCAUCCCUCUCAGCUCCACCCCAGGCUUCUGCACAGCCAUUGUGUCCCUGAAGUGGAGAUUGCAUUUUGAAUUUGUAACAUCGCGAGAACCAGGUUUGGUGCUCCUACCUCCCUUGGAACAGCCUGAGCCUGUCACCUGGACAGGGCCUGAGCAAGUGCCCGUAGACACCUUCAGCUGGGACCUUCCAAUCAAGGUGCUGCCCACAAGCCCUACCCUGGCCUCAUAUGCAGCCCCAGGCCCCAGCACCAGCACCAUAACCAUCUGAAACUGACUCACCACGACGCUAUCUUUCUUCAGGAUACUGAGAACUCAGCACCUGGACUCUAUAGUAGGGCCCAUUUUCCCCACCUGGGUCCAGUGGCAUGGACAAUGAGAGGCAGGCUUUUAGCUGUAGCAUUAAUUUAUUUAUUCAGAAUAAAUUGGCAGCUGCUAGUGGUUUCCCUGGAA